AGCCUGACGCUCCGAGAUAUAUCCGUUUCACCGAGGUGACUGAGGACAGUGCUGUGAUGAUGUGGUCCGCCCCUCAUGGGAAAAUCACCGGUUACCGUCUCUUCCUGACUGUUGAGGGCUCCAACCCCAAGCAGCUGCGUCUGCCCGCCCGCCUCUCUCAGUACACCCUCCUGAACCUGAGGCCUGCUACCCAGUACACUGCUACGCUACAUUCAGAGCAGGAGAACACGCUGAGUAGAGGAGAGAGCGCUGUGUUUACCACCAAUUCUUCAAUGGGCAGCGCUCCUAAAUUCAGCACUGAUGUGACUGACACCUCCAUUAUAAUCUCCUGGACUCCAGUUCCCCGUGUUGGAUAUAAGCUGACGGUGCGUCCCAGUCAGGGUGGAGAAGCCCCCAGAGAUGUGACCUCUGACUCAGGAAGUAUUUACGUUUCGGGUCUGACUCCAGGGGUCGAGUACACCUACAGCGUCCAGCCAGUUAUUAACGGACGUGAGCAGGGAACCGCGAUCACUCGCCGCGUUGUAACACCUCUGUCUCCUCCUACUGAUCUGAACCUGAAGUUUAACCCAGGCACCGGAGAGCUCACAGUCCAAUGGACCGAGGCCAGUACACCAGACAUCACGGGCUACAGAGUGAUGUGCACUCCCACCAAUGGGCAGCAGGGAGACAGCAUGGAGGAGUUUGUGGAGGCAGGUCAGAACUCCUGCACCCUGGAGAAUCUCAGUCCAGGACAGGAAUACAACAUCAGCGUUGUCACUGUGAAGGGCGAUAUGGAGAGCAUUCCCAUUUCAACUACCAUUACACUAGAAGUCCCACAGCUGACAGACCUCACAUUUAAGGACGUGAGCGACACCACCAUUAGCCUCCUUUGGUCGCCGCUCAACACCACAGCCAUCACCGGUUACAAGAUCGUGGUGGUAGCGGCCGGCGAGAGCGUGCCCAUCUUCGAAGACUUUGUUCUGCCAACGACUGGUCAAUAUACUGUCUACGGACUGGAGCCUGGCAUCGACUAUGACAUCAGCGUGAUCACUGUGACAGAGAACGGCGAGAGCGAACCCAUCGUCAUCACUCAGCACACCGCUGUACCAGCACCCACUAGCUUGGGCUUUGGCCAGGUUGGGCCAGACAGCAUUGAAGUCAACUGGGUCGCUCCCUAUUUUCCCAACUCUGCUGAAAUCAACAACUUCCUCAUCAGGUAUCAUCCCAUUGACGAUGAAGAUGACAUCACAGAGACCAGCGCAGAAGGCAACAGGAACAGUGUGGUGCUAAGGAACUUGCUGCCAAACACAGAGUAUCUAGUGAGCGUGGUGUGUGUGUACGAGGAGAGAGAGAGCUCGCCCCUCGUCGGAACCAAGAAAACAGUUCUGGAUUCACCGGUUGGCCUGCGCUUCUCUGAGGUCUUCACCAACUCCUUCACCAUCAACUGGCUCGCUCCCCAGAGCAAAAUCACCGGGUACCGUAUCCGCCACCUGAUGGUCAGCGGAGGGAGGACCAAGGAUGAGAGGCUGCCCCCGUCCAGGAACCACUUCACUCUGACGGGACUCACCGCUGACACGGGGUACUUGGUCAACAUCUACGCCGUGAGCGGGUCCCAAGAGAGCCUGCCGCUCACUGGGACACAGAAGACAAUCUCUGAUGCUCCCACAGACCUGGAAGUGCUCGACUCCUCCCCCACCAGCAUCACUGUCCGCUGGGACGCCCCCCCUGUCACCGUGCGCUACUACAGGAUCACUCAUGGAGAGUCUGGAGGUCACAGUAAUCCUAAGGAGUUCACAGUCCCUGGCUCCCAGUCCACCGCCACCAUCAACAACCUGAAGCCCGGUACUGACUACACCAUCACCGUCUACGCUGUGACCGGGAGAGGAGACAGCCCCGCGUCCAGCACUCCAAUCUACGUCAUGCACAAGACAGGUGUCGACUCUCCCUCUGAAAUGGAGGUGAUGAACGUGAAGGACAACAGUAUCACAGUGAGGUGGAGCCCUGCCCCGGGCCCCAUCAAGGGAUACAGGGUGACUGGGGUCCCCAAGAAUGGACAGGGACCGUCUUUUGCUGAGGUGGUGGCUCCAGACCAGACAGAGAUGACUUUCUCAGGGCUGAUGCCCACAGUAGAGUACGUUUUGAGUGUGUACGCUUUUGGACAAGAUGGAGAGAGCUCUCCAAUGGUGGUGAAUGCUUUAACAAAUGUAGACCACCCUAAGGACCUUACCUUCUCCGACAUCGACUCCACCUCGCUGCGGAUCACCUGGGACAGCCCUGAGGGAAUCGUCACAUCAUACCGGGUCUUCUAUUCCAGUUCAGAGGAGGGAGAGAGAGAGCUGCGGCCUGCCCCCCGUGCAGAUGCCGAGUCUGCAAUCAUCUACGGUCUGUCGCCAGGCACUGAAUACACUGUGAAGGUCGUCGCUGUGCACGAUGACACAAACAGCACACCACUGGUCGGCAUACAAGCUACAGCCAUCUCACCCCCCACCAACCUCCAGUUCUCUUCCAUUAGCCCCACCUCUUUCACUAUGACCUGGUCCCUGCCUCGCCAGGAAAACAGACUCACUGGCCUGACAGGCCUCACGGGCUACCGGGUGGUGGUGAACCCAAAGAGCAAGAGCGGCCCCACCAAGGAGCUGAACCUUGCCCCGGACGCCACUCAGGCACACAUCUCUGGACUCAUGGUUGCAACUGCCUAUGAAGUCCAUGUUUACGCCAUGAAAAACUCUCUGACCAGCUGGCCAGUCCAGGGAGAGGUCACUACUGGAGAGAAUAUCAGCCCCCCUCGUCGUGUGCGCAUCUCCGACGUCAACGACUCUUCCAUCACGCUGACCUGGCGCGCCAAGACAGAAACCAUCUCUGGCUUCCUGGUUGAGACCACUCCCACCUCCCCCGCUUCAGGCUACACACCCAUUACAAGGACCAUUGGCCCCGAGUCACGCUCAUAUGUUAUCACAGGUCUGGAGCCAGGCACCAAGUACAAGAUUAACAUCUAUACACUAAAAGGGAGCAGACGCAGCAAUCCUCUCAUACUCACUGCCACCACAGGCAAACCAGUGGUCAUCCCGCCCACCAGCAUCCGCUUCACCUCCCUGAACCCCACCAGCAUCUCCUUCAGCUGGCAGCCAUCACGCAGUCCAGGGGUAACCGGAUAUUACGUGACCUAUGAGGAGGCCGGGGGUCUGCCUCGAGAGGUUACCCCCAGACCUCACGCAGGCCAGAGCUACGCCAUCAUCAAUGGUCUGAAACCAGGAACAGAGUAUGUCAUUAAGAUUGUGGCUCUGCAGAAUGCUCUGAGAAGCACAUCUCUUGUGGGAAAAGCCAGAACACAGCCAGCUCCAGAUCACCAUCUACUGGUCAUCCCUGAGCUGCCCCUGCUGCCUGUCCCUCACAGACCCACCGCUGACAUCCUGGAUGUUCCAGAGUCCUUCAACGACAAGAUCUUUGACACCAACCAGGUUCACUUCACUGGUACUAGUGGCCUGAACCAACCAGGCCAGCAGGGCCAACACAUCUACACUGAGUACCAGAGCCUGGGCCCUAACAACGGUCUCCAUGGCCCCUUCAGCGGCCCCAGAGAAGGUCAGAGACCCACUCUCAGAGAGCCUCUGAUCUACAUUCCUGUAGCAGGCCCCGAUGGAAACAGAGUUCCCUUGGUCAAGGUGAGUGAUGGUCCCCUGCCAGGUCUUGCGUUUGGUUUCCCUGACAAUGAAACAGAGACACCCCAAGAAGCACAGACUAUCACAACAAUCUCCUGGUCUGGCAUUCCUCACACUUCAGAGUACGAGGUGUCUUGUAAUCCUAUCACACACACGGAGGAAGGAGCAUUCCAGAUGCGUCUUCCUGGCACCUCAAACAGCGCCACUCUGAUUGGAUUGACAUCUGGAGCAUCCUAUAAUGUCCUAGUAGAGGCCAUGAGGGGCGGGGCUAAGGAGAAGGUUUUGGAGGAAGUCGUUACGGUUGGCAAUGCUGUUCCAGGUGACAUCCCCGUCGCCACUAACCGGGACGUGUGUUACGACAUGUUCACACAGACCUACCACGAGGUGGACUCAGAGUGGGAGCGUAUGUCUGAGACGGGCUUCAAGCUGUGGUGCCGCUGCAUUGGGCUGGGCAGCGGCCACUUUAGAUGUGAUUCAUCCAAGUGGUGUCACGACAACAAUAACAACUACCGCAUCGGCGAGAAGUGGGACCGCCAGGCUGAGAAUGGUCACAUGAUGAGCUGCACCUGUCUGGGCAAUGGCAAGGGAGAAUUCAAAUGUGAACCCCAUGAGUCGACAUGUUAUGACGAUGGGAAAAUGUACCAUGUUGGAAACCAGUGGCAGAAGGAAUACCUGAACGCCAUCUGUACCUGCACCUGCUACGGAGGACAACAGGGCUGGCGCUGUGAGAACUGCAGAAGGCCGGGAACACACACUGAUGUGGACGCUGGCCUCCUUCAACCUGUUCAUACGGAUGUUUUCGACCGGUACAGAGAAAACGCUCUACGCAAACUGAACAUCCAUUGUCCGAUUGAAUGUUUGAGGCCAGAGCUGUACGCGGACGCCAACCCCCCCUCAGAUUAGAGAAGAGGUGGGCAUGAAAAAAGGAGGAUGAGGAAGUUACACCCCUUACAGCGUCACUACCACUUCAAGAAGGAAGCCUGCACCUGUUUUCAUUUGAAAGAAGACAUUUCCAUCUGAUCUGUACCUUAAAGGUUUCCCCCGCACCAAAUUUGAGUGCCUUUUUAAAAGACUUUACUACACCACCCUCUGUGCCUUUUCAAAGAUCCGUCCAAAUGUUCAUGUUGGUUUAUAACUUCUUCAGCAGAAUCAAGAAUUUCGUUAUCUAAUCAAAUUUCUUCCUCACUUUGCUAGAGCACAAAACCUGCUGCUUUAUCACCCCUAACCUGCCUACCCCAUCCCAAUUAAAUGUUGCUUUUGGAAAAUGUUUCAGUAUUUCAAAACAUUCCAUGACCAUUAGUUUCCCUUUGAUUAAGAGAAAACACAAUGUGCCUGGUUUUAUGGAAUUAGGAUCUCUGGUAAUAACUGUAGCCACAUUUGUUGCUUUUAUGAUGCAUUUGAGACUCACUAUGACUAUUGUAUGUUCAGGAAAUGUUAAGAUAUUAGGUAAAACACAUUUCCAAAUCAAAAGUGUGGGUUUAUUGCAAAGGAUUUCCAAAGCCAUACAUUGAUUCCCAUUGAGUUAUUUUUACAAAACAAGAAAUUCAUAACAACAAGCCUGAGAUAAGCACUGUUACUUUUGAGUUAGUAUUAGAAAAAAAUCGUUGCAUUGCCAUUAUUACAGCACAGAGAAGUCACACCAUUUAGAUGGGAUUCUGUGAUUCAUGAUGUGGGUAUUUUGAAAGUACAUAAGGUGUAGCACCCAUCAAAUCAAUGAAGCAAAAGCUGACUGACCAAAAGUGAAACUGUAAUUUCAAAAACAAUAUUGUAAAAUUCACCAUUAUUUCCAAGUGAAAUGCAUUUUAAUUACAUAAAUGUUUGUAUUUCUUGUUUAUUUUUAAUUCAUUCUUUUAUUUAUCCCUUUUAUUCAGGCAUUUUGUUCAAUGCUUUUUUAGGGUGUACACUUUAUUUUUGUUUAACUUGUUUUUAUAUUGUUGGUGCCAAAAUCUGAACUACUGUGGACUGAAUCUUUUUAAUAAAGUGAAAAAAACCCAAGCCAAA